AUGGCUGAGACCAAGACGCCGAUAGAAGGAACCAGCUAUGAAAUACCGCAGCAAAUACUACCGUUGGAAGUAAUUGAUCGCUCGGUAGGUAAAAAAAUACGGGUGUUGAUGACUGACGACAAGGAGUUUUACGGCACGUUGGUUGGGUUUGAUGAUUAUGUGAAUAUGGUUCUAACCGAGGUCACUGUGGUAUCUGGACCUGGAGCUGAAGACAACGAAGACGGAGAGAAACGCUCAAGUGGGAAUACUGUGGCAAAGAUGCUUUUGAAUGGUGGUCAAGUUGCCAUGAUUGUCCCUGACCUUCCCGAUGUACCUGAUGUGCCGGAUGCAUAA